AAAAGAAAGUGAAGGAACAAGUAAAAGGAAGGAUAGAGAUGAUGUAGGUAACAAAAAUAGAGUUAUACUAUAUAAACAAAGGAAAACUGAUAAAGAAAAAAGUUCCCUAUUUCCAACAACCUCCAAAGCAGCAACCCCAGCAACCUUCAAAGCAGCAACCCAGCAACUCCAAAGCAGCAACCCAGCAACCACAAUACCUACAACAACUCUAGCAACAGGAGAACUAAUUAAAUUAACAACACUAGUAUCUAGCCCAAGAAGGCCAGAAAUACCUAUAGGUGAAGUUGUCAAAACAAAAAGUCAAUCACAAGUUUAUAGUACUGAAGAUAUAGAAGGUGAGAAUAAAGAUAAGAGUGAAGGUGAGAGUAAAAGCAUAGGUGAAAAUGAAGGUGAGAGUGAAGGUGAAGAUGAAAGUGAGGUUGCAG